AUGUCCAAGCGCAUUCUCCUUACGGGAGUAAACGGCUUCGUCGGUUCAUGGAUCCUUGACCACCUCCUUAGACAAGGCCACUUCGUCCAGGCUAUAGUUCGCUCCGAAUCCAAAGCCGAACGAGUUUCUUCCGAUUUCCUUGCCUACAAACCCCAUUUUAAAUUCGGGAUCGUCCCCAAUAUCACCGCCCCCGGAGCUUACGAUGAGGUGGUGCAAUCCGAUCCUUCUUUCGAUGUCGUGAUUCACACUGCCUCUUCCUUUCUCUACAAGGUCAUCACGGAUAAACGUGAAUUUCUUGAUCCGGCAAUCAGAGGAACAUUGGGUGUUCUGGAGAGUGUGAAGAACAACGCACCGGAGGUAAAGAGAGUUGUGGUGACAAGUAGGUGUGCUGCAAUUAUUAAUUUCGCGGAGAAGGUUGUUUGUCAGCUGCAAAAAGUCUCUACGGAGGAGGAUUGGAAUCCUGCUACAUCGGAGAGUGCAUUGGAAGGAACCCCGAAUAAUGCUUUGCGGAGCUGGCUUGGAAGAAUUUUUGUUCCAUGUACAUUGAGACGAUACACUAGUACUAAUGAUGUGUUCGUAGCAUGGGAUUUUGUGGAGAAAGAGAAACCAAAUUUUGAUUUGGUUACUUUGACCCUUCCGAUGGUUUAUGGAUCAUUGAGACAUACAAUUCGAAGUACGCAUUAUUUGAAUGAAUCAAACUUGAGGAUCUAUAGUGGAUUGAUCAAUUUAUCUAAGGAUACUGAGCUACCUCCAAAUGGCCUCCAUGUAUUUACUGAUGUUCGUGACCUAGCAGGUGCCCAUGUUCUCGCUGCAACUCUCCCAGAAGCAUCGGGACAACGUUUCAUUGUUUGCGAAGGUCAAAUAUCAUCUCAAAAUAUAAGUGAUAUUAUUCGUAAGAAGAUUCUAGAAUUGGAAGAAAGAACAAUAAAGGAUGACGGCUCUUUCGCGUGUAGUAGCGAGAGGGCUGAGAAGGUGUUGGGGUUGAAAUUCAGGAGUAAGGAGGAGACUUUCGUGGAUUUGGCUAGACAGCUGUUGGAGAUGGAAAAGAAAGAGAAAGAUGCAGAGUAG